AUGAACACACCGCGCUGGACUAGGCGGCUCUCGCCGUGGCUGCCUCUGAUUCGUGGCGACUGCACAGUCGCUACGAUCGCCGUGUUGGUGCCAAAAGCCCACUGUCAGUGUCACUGAGACAACUUAUCCGGCGUCAUCUUUGCAUUAUAGGUCACUAUCUUAAACAAGUUAUAAGUAGCGGGUUUCUUCGGUGCACUUUGCGGUAUAAGCGUACACGCGAAGCUAAGAGGCCAGUGACAGCGUGGCACGGCGCAACGGAAAAAUCGAGAAAGGAACAAGUGGAGAUAACAAGUAGUAUAAAGCUAAGCUAACGAGCUUACAUUUAGCAGACGAGUGUAAAUGCGUCGCCGAAUUGACUCCGAGAGAGCGCAGAGACUGAAAAACAAGUAAAAUAAAGAGUAAUUUGCUGACCACAGAAAGAAAACAAAAUAAAUACGAUGAUGCGGAGCGUCUUCCUCACGGUCGUUUACGCCUUCGUUGCGCUCUGUUUCGACAUGGAACUGUCGGCUGCCGACGAGUGCAAAGGCUGUGUCCAGUUGGAUUCACAUAAUUUUGACAAAAUCAUUCCAAAAUUCAAAGCUGCCGUGGUAAAGUUCGAUGUGGCUUUCCCUUAUGGAGAGAAGCACGAAGAAUUUGGUAAAAUUGCUGCCGCAACGAAAGAUGCAGUUGAUCUAAUAGUUGGAGAAGUUGGAGUGAAAGAUUUUGGAAAUAAAGAAAAUUCCGAUUUAGCAAAACGUUAUAACAUUAGAAAAGACGAUUAUCCAGUAAUACUAUUAUUUGUACAAGGGAAAACAGAGCCAUACAGAUUUACUGCUGAGACUGAUGCAGAUUUUACCGCCGAUAAUAUCAAAAGGUUUAUUAAAAAGAAAACCGAUAUAUACUUGGGAUUGCCAGGAUGCGUUGAAAAGUUGGAUAAAUUGGCCGAUGAAUUCAAGUCGGCGAAUGAAAAAGAUAGACAGGCAAUUUUAAACAAAGCCAAAGUUUUCGAGGAGACGCUACCCGAAGAGCAUCGUCCAGCUGCAAAAGUAUAUGUGAAAAUGAUGGAGAAAAUCAUGGAUAAGGGUGAUGUAUUUGUUCAAACAGAACAAACAAGAAUCGACGGCUUACUCAAAGGAAAAUUAUCUAAAGAGAAAAAGCGAAAUAUGGAAGAGAGGCGAAAUAUCUUACAAUCGUUUACGCACAGAGACGAAUUAUAAGUUUUAAAGUAA